AAGGGUUGUAUUUCCUACUUAAAGUGCACUGGAGAAAUUUCCAGCCACAGACCAGAGUCAUGAAUCCUAUGCCAGUGCUGACCCUCCUGGGGGUCAGCACCUUGCUACCCUGUGUCCCAGCUCUGAUCUGCCAGAAAGGCAGACUACAGACCGUGAGGAACGAGUCAGAGCUGCCCCUCGAGUGGGGGACGGGUGAGAAAGCUUGCGAGCCCGGCGAGGGUUGCCAAGAUGUGGUGAUGCUCCUACACAAUGGACCCCUGAUCAACUUGGUGAUCAUCAAGGGCUGCAUAAAGGCUGAGGACCAAGAGCCUCGGGUUACCUGGCUCAGUACAGGCCCUGGGCUCUCUGUCGUCUCCUACACUCGUGUGUGUCGCCAUGGUGACCUCUGUAACAAUGCAUCCAGCACCAGGAUCCUUGAGGACCUAUCCACACCCACAGUCCCAGGGUCCCUGCGCUGCCCGCUCUGCCUUUCUAACAAUGACUGUGAGAAUGCACCAGAACAGGUCUGCCCUGUAGGAAGCAUAUACUGCUACAAUGGAGUCCUCAGGCUCAGGGGAGAAGGCAUCAGGACCAAUCUCAAGGUCCAGGGCUGCAUGGCCCAGCCAGGCUGCAACCUGCUCAAUGGCACCACAGCAGUUGGGACCUUGGAUAUGAGUGAAAACUGUGGUCUUCAGUUAGGUACGCAGGCUCUGGACUGCAACAGUGCGAGUUUGGACGUUGUGAAGGAUGUAUCUGAUCUGCACCUGAGCUGGACGACUGGCUGGAAAACCUGCAAGGCUGGCGAGGGGUGUUACGAAACAGUCAUGCUAAUACAGAAUGGACAAGAAAUUCAUAUGGCUCUCACUAAGGGAUGUACUAGCAGUGUAAACAGAGAGGCUCAACUCACCAGGCAUAGAACAGGUCCGGGAAUCUCCAUCGUCUCCUACGUCCAUGUAUGUCGCAACGGGGACUUCUGUAAUGACCUGUCUUCAACGGAAACUCUCUGGAUCCCGCCCCCUGACACAGUCCCAGGGACUCUGCGCUGCCCACACUGCCUUUCAACGCGUGACUGUGAGAAUGCACCGGAGCAGGUCUGUCCUGAAGGCACACACUGCUACAAUGGAGUCCUCAGGCUCCGGGGAGGAGGGAUCAUCUCUGAUCUGAAGGUACAGGGAUGCAAGUCCCAGUCCCAGUCCCAGUCAGACUGCAACCUGCUCAACGGCAUCCAGACAAUCGGACCCAUAAAACUACAUGAGAGCUGUGGUUUUCAUUUAGCUGCAGAGUCUCUGAAAUGCCAGCAUGGGACACUGCAGGCAGUGCAGCAUAUAUCGAAACUGCCUCUCCAGUGGACAGCUGAACAGACAACCUGUAAUGUAGGCGAAGGCUGCCAAGACACGCUGAUGAUAAUAGAGAACGGAGAGCACGUGAAUUUGGUUCUCACAAAGGGCUGCACUGCCGCUGAGGACCACAAGGCCAAAGUCACGGAACACAGGACUGGCCCGGGGCUGGCUGUCAUCUCCUACACCCGAGUAUGCCGUGAAAAAGACUUAUGCAAUGACCUGUCUACCACAGUCCCUCUCUGGGCUCCACCUCCGGUGACAGCCCCAGGGAACACACGUUGCCCUCUCUGCUUUACUGCACAAGCCUGCGAGAAUGCUCCAGAGCAGGUCUGCCCUGCAGGCAGCACGCACUGCUACAGUGGAGUCCUCAGCCUCAUGGGAGGAGAGAUCAUCUCCAAACUCAAGGUGCAGGGCUGUAUGUCCCAGCCAGGCUGCAACCUGCUCAAUGGCACACAGAAAAUCGGACCUGUGGAUGUGAGUGAGGACUGCAGCCCUCGGUCAAAUUCUCUGACCUGUCACAGGGGGAUCAUGUUGAAGGUUGGCAGUGGCUUUGCUGAGAAAGCUGUCGAGUGGACUCCACUGUCGUCUCAGGUGUGUGAACCUGAUGAGAUAUGUCAGGAGACGCUGCUGCUCAUAGAUGUAGGACAACAAUCAGCCCUCCUGGGGAGCAAAGGCUGCAGCAAUCUUGGAGCACAGAAUGAUGUUGGUGUCUCCAUAUUCUCCCGGCCACCUGGGAUGGUGGUAGCUUCCUAUACCCGGUUCUGUUCCUCCAACCUGUGCAAUGCAGCCAGCAGCACCAGCGUCCUUCUAAGCAACCUCCCUCGUCCAGAGGUUCUUCCCCUAGGAAGUGUGAAGUGUCCCGUGUGUGUACAGUUGUUAGGAUCCUGCUUUCAGACGUCUGACUUUGUCACCUGUCCUCGGGGCGCCACUCACUGUUAUAAAGGUGACAUCGCGCUAAGAGAAGGUGGACUGUCUUCCACAGUGAGAAUUCAGGGGUGCAUGGCCUCACCUGUCAAAUCAUUAUUGGGUAACUCCAAAACAAUUGGGAUCUUCUCGGCAAAGGAGACCUUUGAGAUUGAGCGUGGGGAUGAAGAUGAUGAGAAGCCUCUUCUUGAUGGUGCCUCAGCCUCCUCCCCGGCCUCCAUGUUAGGGCUCCUGGUUCUUCUCAGCUCUUUGUGUGCUGGAAUUUGUCCUCUCCGCUGAACCCAUUUCUUGGCCAUUCUUACUCCCUCUUGGCCAGCCAUGCCCAGCCCUCCUCUGACUUCAU